GAAACUCUCUCAUGGAGUCAUGCUUUAUCCCCCCCCCCNUUCAGUGGCUUCUCUUCUUCUCCAUCCAUUUGCAAUUUUAUUAGAAGAAAAAAAAGAAAGAAAGAAAGAAAAAAAAAGGCCAUUUCUUGAUUUUAUCUUUUAAUUAUUAAUCUGCCUUUUUUUUUUGAAAAAAAAGAUCUUGAAUUUGUUUUGUGAGUGGAAAUGGAGAGGCCUACUUCUCCUCAAUGCAUUGAGCCCAACAAUGAAUCUGCUCUGAUCCAGCCCAAGCUUGAGACUGGGCCUAAACGCCCAAAGGCCCAGAAAGCUCGCACCCGGACUGCUGCUGCUGCAGCUUGCAGAAAAAGCUCCAUUUAUAGAGGGGUAACGAGGCAUAGGUGGAGUGGGAGGUAUGAAGCUCACCUAUGGGACAAGAGUUCUUGGAACAGCACUAUGAGCAAGAAGGGAAAACAAGGGGCAUUUGAUAGUGAAGAGGCUGCCGGGAGAACCUAUGAUCUCGCUGCUCUUAAGUAUUGGGGGCCUAAAGCCACACUUAACUUUUCGGUGGAAAGAUACACAAAAGAGUAUGAAGAAAUGCAAAAGGUGUCAAGAGAGGAGUACCUUGCUUUGUUAAGGCGGCAGAGUAGUGGUUUCUCUCGAGGCGUUUCGAAGUACCGAGGUGUUGCCAGGCACCACCAAAAUGGGAGAUGGGAAGCAAGAAUAGGGCUGGUCUCUGGGAGCAAGUAUCUCUACUUGGGAACAUUCGGGACUCAAGAGGAAGCAGCAGCAGCAUAUGAUAAGGCAGCACUUGAGUUCAAAGGGCCUAAUGCAGUGACCAAUUUUGACAUCAGCGCCUAUGAAGACAAGCUGAAGGAGAUUCGUGAGCGUUCCCAAACACAAACUCCCAAAUCCGACGAUGACCAAACCCGCGACUGUGAUCAUAACCACGAAAGCGAAAACCGAGACGAUGAGCGGGGAGUGGAAGAGUCGUUUUUAGCGGCUCACUCGUCGGACGAGGCGCUCGUUGAAAAAGAUGACCAAGAUUGCCCUUGGAGCUUGUGCUUGGGUGUCGGGUUCGAGACCAUUCCCGUGCCAAACAUGUCUCUUGAUCAGGACAAGCAUUGGGCAAUGAAGCCUCCGAGCAUUGACUUUAUGAAUGACUCAAGCUUCGAUGAAGAAAUUGAUUUUGUUUUUGGGAAACGGUUGAGGGGAAACGAAUUCAAACAUGACGAAGACAACGGCGUUAUGGAUGAUGGUGUGGUGGCAUUUGAAGGCAAGAGCGAUGAUGAGAAAUGGCGCCAAGUAACGCCUUCACAUUCUUCUUCUUCUUCAUCCUCCUCGCCUUGUAGUGAGGUUGGAGUUGUUGGUUUGGCAUAGGAGUGAUUUUGAAAUAGUUCUUAAAAUUAUGUUCAUUGCUUCAACUAUUUUAAUGACUUUCUUCAUGUUUUUUUUGUUGGUUUUUGCGAAUUUACUAGUUCCCAUUAGGGGCAGUUUUGGAAAGCUAGAAAAUGCAAAUUGAAUUGAAAUCAAUCAAAUUAUAGAAAAUUG